AUGUUCAAUUGUUCACUGAUAAUUCUGAUCAUCAUCAUUGCUUCUAUGAUAUCAGCUGAUAAGUCAUCAAACCUUGGAAAAUGUCAACAGGAGGAUCUGCUGUUGGCGGAUUGUUUGGAACCGCAUCAGAACUAUAUCGAAACCAGCCUGUUCGAUGCCUCAGGUCGUGAAAUUUCAAAUCCCAUUUUUAUGAAAAAAUUCACAAACUUCACAAAAACCGUUGCCACGUGUAUAGGUACAGAUCUCAUUUGUGACACUGCCAGACACUAUAAGUUUUUUGUGGAUAGCCUAAGCUAUGUCGGAGAGAAUUUAUAUGAUUUGAAGGUGUUCAAAUGUUUGGAACGGAUCACUCCGAAACUCCAAGACUGCCUGAACACUGUACCAAUUUCUUUUCGGAACCUCCGAAAGUUCCAAUCCUAUACUUUGGAUCAAAAGAAACUAGUCAACUGCGUCAUCGAAAAAAUGAAGGACGAUCAAGUUUGCAAAAAUCGAAAAAUCAUUGAUUCCGUGGAGAAGUCUCUAAACGCUACUCGGUUGAUCAUUCGGAAUUUCAAAAGAUUCAGAAAAGGAAUUAUAGAGCCAAUGGUUUCAGUGAGAGCAUCCGAGAUGCCUUCAACUUGUCCAUUCAAACAAAACGAUUCCCCGGGACCGACAUCUCCUCCUGUGCAAUCUCCGAUUUUCGGUAAGUUUAAGCCAAUGAAUUUUCUGAUUUUCUGUGUUGUUUCAGAUUUGAACAAUCCGGAUGCCAAGUUGAAGAUGAGACAAGAAAUGGAUAGGAUUUCCCAGCGGCAGAAGCACAUUUUCAAGGAAACGUUUCCAGUGGUUUUCAAGGAUUACCGUAGGAAUGGACUGGUUCUGUUUGCCAAAUACUUCUCCGAAUUCCCCCAUUACAAAAACAUCUGGCCUCAAUUCCGUACUCUUCAGGAUUCUGCACUUCUCGCUUCCAACGAGCUCGCCAACCAUUGCUCAGUUUAUAUGGCAGGCUUGAAAGUG